AUGGACCCAGGCCCGUCCGACCCAAAACGGCCCCGUCUGUCAACUACCUCAUCAUGGUCAGUAGGUGGUGCGCACUACGGUGUGUCGCUUCUACAUCCCACGCCAUCUCCGACUGCUGGUCAACAUCAUACUCAACAUCCUCAUCAUCCAAACCACCCCACGCCAUCGCCGCAAUAUCAACAAACCUCCCCUCAUCCGUUCUCACGACCCCCAGGUCCUGGUGAUCCCGGCGCCGCGCCUGCUGUCUCGCAUCCCCACCCGCCGCCGCCGCCGCCGCCGCCACCUCCGGCUCCGUCGCAGCAAGGCCCCGUCGACGACCGGCGACAUCAUGAGCCCGACCGAUAUCCACCUAUGCAAGACCACCGACAACACCAUCCUUCAUCUCAGCCACCGCCAGCACACCACCAGUACAACUCUGGCUACCAUCCUCCUCCGAGAGAAGUUGUGGUGAAGCAGGACCCGGCCGACGACAGCAACACACCACCACACCUACGGAGGCCCAACUCGACGGGCCAUGCUCCCGACGGCAUGACACCAGGGACCCCGAUGUCAGCUCUGCCUCACCAAGGAUACCCUGACGACAAACGCCAUAUGAGCUAUGACAAUGGUCCGCAACAAAAUAUGUACAGACAACCGAGUUUCCCCCCUCAAACGCCCAUGGCGCAUGGCCAGCCAUACGACUAUCCCCCUCACUAUGGACAUCAUGGCGACCUUCCCUAUAUUCAACUUGCCCCAGCGGCAGGAAAGCGCAAGGCGCAGCGAGCAGCGCAGGCCUGUGAUAUGUGCCGGCAGCUGAAGGCUAAAUGUGACGAGCUUAAACCCUGUAAAAGCUGUAGGGAUAAGAAGGUCGAAUGCAAAUACCGUGAGGCGGUGCCAAAGCAACAAGACAAAGUCGCGGCCGAUAUCUUGGAGAACCUCAUGGGUCUGAGGAACGAGUUCAGCAUGUUCAACCAUCGCAUCACGAGACUCGAGAAGAGGUUGGAACGCGUUGCGCCGCCGUUGGAAGCGCAUCCGGAGAUGAUGUCGUCGGAUGAUGAUCGUCCGGCCUCUGCUGACUCAGCAGUCAUUGAAGAUGGCUACAACUCGUCGUCGCCAGGAGGCUCGGAAAACGCAGCAAGGACGCAGGCUCCUAUAGAUACACAGGAAGCGCGCAACAUCACGAAAAUUAUGGACGAAGAGAGGGAACAAGAGCCUGGCCCAUUUAGGGAACAAGAGCCUGGCCCAUUUGUACGACCUGGAGCGCCCGCCAUUCCGCUUAAUCAUACGACCCUGGCUGCUCUUCUGCUCAAGUGGAAGUCGAUAAAGCGCCUAGCGCAACGUUUUUUGGAUGCCGAAAACAUCAAGUUUGUUGAAGAAUAUCCCAUCCGACAGGAAGAGAGGCGGGGACUUCUUAGGUUAUGGGGCAGAGGAGAAGGCCUCGACAGCAGCCGCAUGGACAGAGAGUCCAACCACAACCUGGGUAUGAUGGAAGUUAUUGAUGACUACUCGGAAACGGGAGCGCCUUCGCCUGCGGAUUGUUGGGGUGGGAUUAGCGGCUCGCCUGGGCCGAUGGACCACAGGUCUACCAUGGUCGGAGUCCAAACAUUGGACUUUUCGGAGGAAACCGUCUGGAAGUACGUGCAGAGCUAUCUGGACAACAUUCAAAAUAUGCAUCCGCUCAUAAUACCGAGAGAGUUGCAUGCGAUGGUCCGGUUGUUUUUGGAUGGUAUUCAGCAAAGUACCAAGAAGCCCAAGGGUAGUGCUGGAAUCGCAAAGUUCGUUGGAGCGCCCCCGCUGAGCGUGCAGGGCGAGACAGGGGCCAAGAGGAAGCGCUCCCCCGUACCCGACGGCGCAGACUCGCCAACGAUGCUACCCAGGUCGGGUAAGCCGACAUUUCAGCGAUCCAUCAACAACGCGCUUGUGUUGCUGGUUCUCGCGCUGGGCAAGAUUUGCCUAAUCAAGGAUAGAAAGCUCCCGGAUGUCGUGCCUGUGAGCGAGCCUUCGCAUGGGUCGCCAAUGGUACGUAACGGCUAUCCUGCCUCUCCCAUACAUGGAUCUCCGCCGUCGUAUAGUUCACAAUCGCACUCGGCGGGCUUGCCUUCGCCCAAGGAUAGCGCAGAUAGGUCAGGCCCUAGUAGGCGGCAGUCGUUUCAGGGAGGCGGCGCGCCUGCUAUGAGGGUAGGAUCGCUCAAACGGAACAUGGAUGUGAUUCCCGGCCUGGACUAUUUCGCAUACGCGACAGAUAUCUUGGGAGGACAGCUGGCGGGAACGAGCUUGCGGCACAUUCACGCAUACAUCUUGGCAGGUCUGUAUCAUGGGCAGUUGGGAAGAGUCAUGGAGAGCUAUGCCUAUAUCAAGGAGGCUGGUUGGGCUCUGCAGAUUAAGAUGAGACCUGACAUCGUGGCCGAGCUUCCUCUCCCGCAAUCGCACAUCCUUGCGUUUGAGGAAAUUAUGCCAUAUCCCAACAUCAACCUGGCCAAGACCCACGGCUUUGAGGAGCAUGUCUUGCAAAGCUACCUUGCACAACUAUACCUCCGGAAGUCGUUGAAUCAAAUUCAUCAAAUGCUUUAUAACCCCGAGGAUCCGCGAUCGCUACGGGCGCAGAACGGCACCCCGCCCGGAAAUAUCAUUGAGGUCAUCACGAAAUCUCUCGAUCUACGCUUCGUCCCUCCCGAGUACAAGUUCACGCACGAAGAUCCGCCAGCUGGAGACCUUCUUUCCGCCCGAUUGCGUGCCAAAUACUGGGGCGCCCAAGUUAUCACCUACAGGCCGUACAUCCGACAGAUUCUGGAGUCGAACAUGGCUCAGAUGGCGACAGCCGAAUCCCCGAUGCCAGCCAGCACUCCCAGUGAAGCCAUGACUCCUCUCGAUACCCAGAUGCACAGCGUAAAUGGCGAGAUCACACAGGAUACUAUUGAAUAUGCAAAGAAGGGAAUCCGGGCUCUUAUUGAAAGUACCAGGGCGUUUCAUGGUUUGCCAGACAAGCGGUUUGUUGUCACUAAUAUUUUUGGCACUGCACAUGCUCAAUGGGGCAACCUUCUCACACUUGCAGCGGUGUUCAGGGAUCCGACACUUCACCCUCAUGUUGACGAGCAGACGCUUAAGGAGCUCUUCUCGAGGACCAUAGCCUUUUUCCGGAUCAUCGCCCAACCAACUAGCGCACUGGCCGUUGACAUGCGCAUUCUCGAGGGCUUGGAGCGCGAGUUGUGGCACAAGCCGAACAGUGUGGACAUGUUGAUGGGUAAUAACCACCAUGUUACUUCCUUUGUGAGCACACCAAUUCCAGGCCCGCCGCCGCCGCCCUCAGGUCCAAGGCCGGCAACACACUCUGCACCACCACUAGGGCCACCAGGGCCAUCACCGCAGAUGCCCAGGAGUCCUAUACCGCCAAUGCAGCAUAACAUGCAUGGCCCUGGGGGUCCAGAUGGCAUGAUGCCUCCUUUACCUCCUAUUCAUCAACACCAACACACACAUCCCCUUUGA